GCCACUCACACAAGGUGCGGUCAGUUCAAAACUGUCAGAAAAUCGUCUGGCGGCUGCUUGCUAUUUCUGGUUUUUCAUCAUAGUUACUUGUGACCUACUAACUUCUAGGAAACAGUUUAAUUGAUCUCUACAGGGUACUCAACAAGUUUCCGAUUCCUAGUGGGUUUUUUGUGCUACUCCCCACCUUUCCAGAAAUAUGGAUUGCUUCAUAAGGAUCUAAUCACUUUGAUAUAAUUCCGUAGUAGCCAGCAAAUGUCUGGGUUACCGAACCUCACACCAAUAAGAGUGGAGAAGGUCGCACCUCAAAUAACAGAAGUUUCUGAAGCUCAGAACAUAACGGUUGUGUCACGUUUAACUCCCCAUAAAGGAAUUCAGUACACUCGCCCAACUCAUAACUUUAUUACUACCCCUCCUCGAGAUUCAGUUGUUUCGACUGGCUCUGUUGUUGUGAUUCGACCAAUUGGCAAUGCUUCCACUCCAAUAAAUGUAACUACUGCAGCUUCUUCAACAGGUCUAAAAAUCACUCCUAUUGUUCCCUUAAAAAUAUCCUCGAUUCAAUCCACAUCAAAUGUAUCUCGUUCAAAUUCCAUACCAACUCAACUACGAAAUACUGCGGUGUCAUCCUCUGCAAGGGCGAGCAACCUCAUUACUCAUUCUGUUCGUCCUCAAAAUGUUCAGUCAGGAAGUACUGCACUUAAUGAUGUCUCUGAGAAACUCAAAACCAUUGAUGAGAAACAAACGUCUCAACGUAAUGUUAUCAGAGAGAUGCAGGUUAGAGUUCCAAACAAGAAGGACAAAAGAUUUAGUGUAUUGCGUUUCCAUGCAGCUGACAGGCUUGAUUUAUCAUCAGCCCCUGAAGUUUUUAUGCAACGUGAAAAUAAUCUUAAGGCUUAUCGGAGUUUAUACAAUACAACCGAAAUGCCAGACACUGGUGCUGGUAGUGAAUUCGGUCGCGAAGCUAAAGAAGAGGCAAGAUUAAAAAAAUUUGGUGUUGUACGAGAAAGUUAUAAGCCAGAUGAUCAACCUUGGCUAAUGACGGUUGAAAAAGGCAAGGCUAAUCGCCGUCGUUUUAGAGGAGUUCGAGAAGGUAGUGUGUCAGAGAAUGUCGAAUAUUUUGUAUUUUGCCAGUGCAAAGAUGGUAAUUUCGAUGCUUAUCCGGUAAAUGCUUGGUACAAGAUGAAACCGGAAAUAAGUUAUCGUUUUCUUCGAGAAGAUGAAGCUGAAGCAGAAUAUAGCCGCCUACACAAAACCCUCAACUUAUUUAACGUUAUGGUUAAACGGAAACUCACCGAUAACGUUAGUGACGAUGAAACAAACAUGGAUCGAGAAAUUUCGAAGGGAUUAAAGUUCCUAACUUCCCUCGGAGACUCCAAUUCAAAUCAGCGAAAUUCAACAGAAGUAAAAACUAAGGAUCUAAAUCCUGAAAACACUUUAAAGCUUACUGAUUUGGAAGAAUUGGACAGUGGUAGUGAGGCUGAUGAUGACGAUGAUGAAGAUGAUUUGGGUGAUGAUAAUCGCUUGAAAAAUCCGAACGCCGACCCACUCAAAGCAGAAGAAGGCCCAAGUUCUAGUAAAGGGAAAAGUCUCUUGUUUGAAGAUCCUGAUGAUCGUAAUAAAGGUGGAUCUAAAGGUGGUUUACUAAAGACGUCCGAACGCACUCGCCUUGCUAAAAAGAAGCAGCGUGCAGCUGCUAUUGUUACAAAAAUGAGACGUGGUGUUAAAAGGCGUAAACGAAAAGCUAUUAAUAUGGGCUCCUCCGAUGAAGAAGAUGAUCCAGACGAAGAAGCACAAGAUGAGAGUGAAUUAGACGAUCACGAGGGAGAUGAGAUAUUUGCUGAUUUUGUGAAAAAAAGGAAUUGUACUUGUUGGGAAUUAUAAGAUAUCUUAUUUGAUAGCGCGUACAAAUUACAAUGUUUACCUAACCUGACAAUUCCGAUCGUUUCCGCUACCUUGAUAGGAUGGUCAGGCUUGCCUAUCAUGAUAAAUCAACAAUGCCAUACAUACUGGGACAAUUGUUCCUCAAGGUCCAGAGAGGUCUAUUGAAGAGCGAUAUGACUAAAAGUAGCAAACCAAAAGUCCAAGGGCGAAGUCAUACCCUUGUUAUUUGAAAUAUAAUUUCGAUCCUGUUCAACCGUGUUCUAAUUUGGGGACUUGUCGAGUGAAUUGGUGUCCAAGAAUACUAAGCAACAUGAAUAACUGGGUCGUAAAUAAGAGAAAUUAUAACAAUACCAUAAUAUCAUCUACUUUUCCAAUUGAGAGAACAACUAAACAGUAUGUCUGGUCAGUUUAUACAAAAAUGUGUGGCUCGAAGUUGAAUUCAUGAGCCAACAUUUUUUUUUAUUAUUAUUACAAUAAUAUAAUAUCAUGGUAACAAAAGCAAAACAAAUUAAGAAAUCCUACCAGAGGUUGUAAGUAUCAAAUCAACUUGUGUUAAUUUCUUUACAUCACAAGGUAAGUAAGCAAUUUUUAAAGGACGUUGAGAUGUAUUAUUAUCAUUAUCUGAUCUGUAAUGAAAAUAAAAACUUGGUGAAAUUUUCUUUAAUAUACAACAUGAACAUAUAAAAAUGUAGAAUUUACUUGAUGUUAUUCAAAUACAAUUGAAUGAAUUAAAAUUUAAAUAAGUGAAUAGAAAAUAUUCUAUGCAAUAAAUUUAAAUAAUGUCCUACUACAAUGAUGAAUUCAAAUAAAACUGCAACAUUUAUAAUUAGAAUAAAUAUGGACAAUUUUGAAGUGCAUAUGAUAACCACGAUCAGUAGCUGAAGACUUUGGGUGAUAUAGCUCAUAAUAGCAAAGAUGCAUUCACUCUUUAUCUUCUUCUUGACCUUGAAAUCCAGUAUUCCUUCGUUAAUACCUCCCCAAUUUUUUUUCGAACCAUAUUCUUAAUGUUCAUUCUUUAUGAUUAUCCCUGUUACCAUAUUAUUUUGAUCUUUUCUGCUAUUCAUCCUGUCGUUCUAACGAAAUUUAUUCCUACGCCACAUGUGGAUGAUGUCACCUUUUCCUAUAGGUAAUGUAACGUGAGAAAAGAAAACAAAGAGUCCUACUAACUAGGUGAUCUACAAAACUAAUAUUUCUCAACCGCUUAUUAAUUUAUUCUGGUUGGCGUUUUUUUAGCAAGACAUUCCUAAUGUACGGAGAAGAAACGUAGAGAACUACUACUACAACCAUCAUCAAAUACUCAAUAUACGUUGACCGGAUACCAUCAGGAACAGUGUACUGCAGGAGAGGACAAACCAGAUUCCAAUUGAAGAGGAAUCAGGAAAAGACACUGGAAGUGGAUAGAACAUACAUUAUGGAAAUCAUCAAACUGCAUCAUGAGGAAAGCGCUAACCUGUGAUCCCAACGGAAACAGAAAAGAGGAAGGUUAAAGAACACACUGUGUCGGGAAUUGGAAGCAGACAAGAAAACGAUAAAUAGCAACUGGAAAGGAUUGGUCAGGACAGGGUUGGAUGGAGAGUGCCGGUGGGCGGCCUAUCCUCAUCGACGAGGAGUAACAGGCGUAAAUAAGUAAGAUUAUUAAAUAAUUAUGUAUUUUUAUUGAAUAUUUCGUAAGUAAGUAUCCGAUAUUAUUAAAGGGAAAACUAAUUUCGCUAGCAACCCAUAACUUUCGAUGUUAGUUCAUUCAGAGAAAGAGGUUGCCGGUAAUUAUUUUCUAUGAAGUUAUUAGCCGAUGAUGGCAUCGUAUCAUUCUGUAUUAUUUAUCGAUUAUUUAUCACUUUAGCCGAAUUUAUCAAAUAAUCGACCGCGACUUUAUUGGAGUAGUUAAGAGUGUGAUGAAAGGUGAAUAACUUGCGCAAAAAUAUAACAACUAAGGUAGUAAUGUACGAUUAGUUUUAGAAAAAUAUAGUCAUCGAGAAAGAAUCUACACAUAUUUAGCACACAAAGUUUUGAGAAUUAAAUUCGAAUGGCUUUUGUCAUUGUAUUUGAAUGAUACUGAAUAUCGGGAUGUGAUAUUAAGA